CGCGAAGGUGACUCAUUUUAAAAUAAUUCCAUCUUUCCCAUUUGUCUCAGUCUUCCUUUCACCUUCCGUUCUUCCCUCUCUUUCUUCGUCGUGGAUUCUUCACUUUUCCCCCAAGCUUGUCUUUGUACAGACAUCAAUUCCCGGCUAAUAGCUCUUGUCCACUCUCCCUCACCACACUAUCCCUUCAUUAGAUCAAUCAAGCCUCAAGGUAUAUAUACGUGCAUGCAUAUAGUCCACUAAAGUAACAAACAAAUUCGAGUUAGGCUCUCAACUUAAACCAGUUUUUUGUCUAUAGCUGCAGCGGAUUAGAACGACGAUGAAUAGUACGAGGUUGUCGACUUUCAAGCAGAAGUCGUUCACGAUGGAGUCACUGCCACGACCGACAUCGUCAACGUUUCGCGGGAAGAAAGAAAAGGUGGUGUUCGUGGUGGGUCCCACGGGGACAGGCAAGUCCAGGCUGGCGAUCGACCUGGCAACCCGCUUCCCGGCCGAGGUGGUCAACUGCGACAAAAUGCAAGUCUACAAGGGGCUCGACGUCGCCACCAACAAGGUCACCGACGCUGAGCGCCGCGGCGUUCCCCACCACCUGCUCGGCGUCAUCCACGACCCGCUCGCCGAUUUUGCCGCCGCCGACUUCUGCCACUGCGCCUCGCGCGUGGCGAAAUCCAUCAUCGCACGCGGCCGCCUCCCCAUUGUUGCCGGGGGGUCGAACUCCUUCGUCGAGGCGCUGGUCGACGGCGAAGACGCUGAAUUCCGGUCCCAAUAUGAUUUCUGCUUCCUCUGGGUCGACGUGGCGCUUCCGGUUUUGUACGAGUUUAUUUCCGACCGGGUCGAUCGGAUGGUCGACUCCGGUUUGGUAGAAGAGGUUCGGGCAGCGUUCGACCCGAAUGAUCGGGAUUACACGCGCGGGAUCCGACGCGCGAUCGGCGUUCCCGAAUUGGAUGAGUAUUUUAGAUCCGGAGGCCGAAGCGCUGCCCUCAUGGAGGCGGCAGUAGAAAAGAUCAAGGAGAACACGUGUCGGCUGGCUUACCGGCAGUUGAAGAAGAUCCAGCGGCUGAACGGGCAGUUGAAUUGGAGCAUGCAUCGGGUGGAUGCGACGGAGGUUUUUCUCAGAAGCGGAACGCCGGAGGCCGACGAGAUCUGGGAGGAGCUGGUGGCCGGACCCAGUGCCGUAAUUGUCGAUCGGUUCCUUCAGCGGGAUGAAAAUUCGGUUUCGAAAACGACGGAGGUGGUGGAGGACCACGCGGCGGCGGUUGGAAUUCCUCUGCCCGCUAUGGCAGCGGCGGCAAGGCUAACCCUGUAGAGGGAGCGGGGGAGAGUGAUAAAAUGGAAGGAGUUAGAUGGGGCCCACAGAAUCAGGGGCAGUAUUACAUGCCUGUGCCACGUGGAUAGUAAUAACACUGCGCUGGGUUAAUUAGUUAAUUAAUUUGCUUGGAGGGAGGGAGGUAAAAUUUGUUGGUGCUCUUAAAUAAAUAAAACUUAAAAAG